CCUGGCUAUUCCCCCGCCCCCGGCCGGGACGCUGGCUGCUAGCUCCCCGCCCCUGCGCGCAUAAGCUCGCUCCGCUCCGGCUGCUUCCCGGGUGCCCCGCUCGCUCCCCCUGAAAGUGACGAACCGCCGGAGCCGGGGACUCGCUCCUGCCCCCCGGAGACAUGGGUGCGCCCCGCACCUGGGCGCGGCGGGCUGCGCUCUGCUGCGCGCUGCUCUGCGCGCCCUGGCUGCCUCUCGGCUGGGCAGGAGAGUGCAAACAGCUGGAGCCCUGUGAGAGGUGCAUUGAAGGAGACGCUUCCCGGAACAUCACAGGCUGCGUGUGGAUGCACUGCGGAGCCUUGGAGGAGCCAGGGCCCGGGGACUGCAUUGGGAAGGGAGAAGCCACCAAGGAGACAUGCUCCAUCUACAAUGUCACAGCUACAUGUCCAGCAUGGAGAGCGCCCACCAAGGAGCCCCAGCGAGCGCCCACCAAGGAGCCUGAGAUCCUCACGCCAGGGACGACAGCCGGCCCCCCGCUGACGGCCACCCCUGAGUUCCGCCCGCCUGGCUUCAACUCAGCCAGCUUCGUGGGGGGGAUCGUCCUCGUGCUGAGCAUCCAGGCCGUCUUCUACUUCAUCGUCAAGUUCCUCAAGUCCAAGGACAGCACCUACCAGACACUGGAGGAGAACCAGUAGGUGUGGCUGUGUGCGCGAGCAAGGCGACGGGAAAUGGGCCACGGCUGCAACAAGAGAAAACCUCACCCUUCCUUGGAGCUGCCCGUCGCUGGGGCUGGGGGUGUCUCCAGGGCAGCAUGUUAGCCCAGCCUGCUCCCUUCCUGGCUGCGUGCUGCACAGAGGGGGCAUGCAGGCCUUGGCUAGCCCGUUCGCUUGUAUUAAAAUGCUGUCUCCUUGCCCAAAGGCGGGGCCGAGUGCCCCACUCAAGGGAUGGAGCUGAGUAAUGUCCCCACAGCUAUUUAAUGGGACGCUACCCUGUUCCCAUCCACCACCACGGCCCACUGCUGUCACAAGCGUUUUCUUGGCUGGCGUCUGGCCGUCUCUCCCCCCCCCCGCCCCAGCCCCUGUGCUACAGCAAGGCUCUCUGCUGUCAUAGCAGUUCCCAAACAACCCCCUUUGUGGACUGGGAAAUCAACCCUUCCUCCCUACGUAAGCAUCCUCAGUCUGGCUCCAGCUUGGCUUUGUGCAGCCAGGCUGUGUGGAAAGCGUUUGCUUGUGCCCCGCCUGAUUGGCUUCCCCGGUGCUCGCGUGGCCCUGGUGAGGGAGAGAGUAGUGUAGUGGGGGAGUUAGUGGGAGGGCUGGGUUCUGUUCCUGCCUCUGCCACUGGGCUCACUGCAGAACCUCUGUGCCUCAGUUUCCCCAGCUGUACAGUAGUAAUAGCUACCUGUAAAACGCUGUGGAGUCCUUGGCUGGAAGAUGCCAGAGACAUUGUUACAGGGGUGAAGCGGCAGGUCAUACAACAAUGAGAAGAGCCUCUGAAAUCUGCAGUGGAGUGUGUCCUGCUGGAAGCAAUUCUGCGCAGCCCUUCCCCCUGCACUCCCAAGUACGCUGAACGGAGCAGACAGGGUCUGUUCUCUUAGCACUGUAGCGUCUAGAAGACCUGAAUACGAUCAGGCCCCCCAGUGCCAGGGGCUGUACAGAGGCAGAGUGAGACACAGACCCCACCCCAAGAGGUUGACUGUCUUCAAGAGGGAGAGGAAGGAUUAUCUCAGUUUUACAGAGAGGGAACUGACUCCCUGCGCGCCCAUCAGCCAGACUCUUCCAAUGAGGUCAGCCCCUCGCGCGCUGGCCUCUUGAAAAUCUGGCCUGAACUGCGUGCCGCAUGGACUCGAUGGCACAAUCAGAAAUCGAAUCUAGGUCUCCCUGAACCCCAGCCCGGUGCAUUAUCCCCGAGCCCAUCCGCCACCCCCAGCUGUGUGAAAACCGCGUCCAGCUCAGAGCGGGUCUUAUGAGCUCUCCCUCCGGCAAUUCCUGCUGCCGGGGCUCGUCGGGGAGGCAGUGAGAUGCCUGCCCCUCGUGUCCUCUUCCUGAGCCACCCCCGGAGCAAUUUCCAAAUAAUCCUGUCCCUGAAUUUCUCACUUGAUUGCUGAAUCCCGAGGAGGAUUUUUGUUCAUCCCCCCCGCCCCCUGGUGGCAGGGCAGGUGACGUUAUGCUGGCUCGCUGUGGGGCCAUCUCUAAAAUACAGGGUGCUCCUGGCCACUGGCAUCCCCAGCAGCUCCCCGUUCUGUCUGGAUGGCAGCAGUCCCCUAUGAGCCGUGGCUCUGCUCAAGGUAGCUUAGCAGCAGACGGCUCUGACCGCCCCCACCCCGCCACCCCCCCCCGGGCCAGCAGCAUGUCUGUCGGUAUCGCUUUGUCCCCCCUUCCCCAACGCAGCCGUUGUGAGGGGAAGGUGGGAUGGUUAACAGGGCCUGUACCCCUCCCUCUGCCCGCCCCCCCCCCAGCCGUCCGCGUGCUCUUGCUGUGCCGUUGUGUUGCCGUGUGGGUCCCUGGGGGGCGGCUGGGGGCAUGCUGUGUGCAGUGGGCCGAAGCCUUGUGAGCGCGGGGGCGGAAUUAAAGCUGCACGGUUUGAUUUCUCCAGGGUGGCUCUUUAUUGCUGGGCGGAUCCCAGCGCGGGGGCGGGAGGUUGAGGACAGCUCAAGGCGUGGAAAUCGCUUGGCAGAGUUACACGGGCCCGGGCAAACUGGGCUGACCUGCCGGGCAUGGGCCGGUGCUGCCGUAGCAGGUAUCUGGUUCCCCUGCCCCGCCAGGCUGCGAGGGCGAAUGGAUGCCUGUCCAGCUUUGUCCUCCGGUGUGCGAAGGGCCCUUGAGGCCGGCGUGCGCCCACGCCCCUGCUAUAGCGUCAGGCUCUCCGAUAGAAGGGUCUCUGGGAGACCAUCUCCAGCACCCGCCGUGUGCAUUAGGUCCUAAGGGGCCGGGGAGAGGCUGACAACAUUUGGGUUUUCAAGGACAAGGACGGGGGUGGCCAGUACAACCUGCCCAUGGGAAGCAAGGAGCCAUGUCCCUGGGCUGUGCAUAAUUGGCCUGUUUCCCUACAAGCAGCCCUGUGUGUGUCUGUCUGUCCGUCCCCCACCCAUGGUUUAUUUGCCCAUCUAACUACAUUACCCUCUUGGGGCCAGAUCGACAGCGGGAUGGUGCCAGCCCUGGUUUAGGGACAGAGGAGGAUCCUCUGCUGAGAGCUGCCUCCCUGGGCUGGGAUUGAACCAGCGACCUGGUUGUGAAGGGUUCCUUGCGCUGCCAAGCCCCUGGGGCAUCCAGGCCUGUCUGGGCCAGCAGCCUGCGCCAGGGUGGGGAAUGGCUGCGCCGGGGGCGGGCAGCGAUUGCAGUAGGAUUCGGCCCUCGCUGGUGAGCUCUCUUCUUUG